CUCGCGCCGCAGGCGGAAGUAGCGGUCAUUGGCCGGAAGUGAGGCUGUGAGGCCCAGUGUUGUUGGAGGAGUGUCGCCUACGUCCGCGGAAUCCGGGGUUUGGUGUUGUGGCGCCCGCCUUCGCCAGGCUCAGGCUGUUUCUGAUGCUUGGAAGCUAUCCUUUCAACCACAAAGAUGGUCAUAAAUCUUUGCCUCCCUCAGUUCAGACCAAGAAUUCACUGCAACAAGAUAUCAGCUGAUGGUUAUGAAGUAGAAAAUCUCGUCUCUGAAGACCUCACAAAAAGGAAUCGCGGCUUUAGGACAGAGUAUUUUAUUAAGCCACCAGUCUGUGUGACAGUUGCCUUUCCCUUUAAUGUGGAAAUCUGUAGGAUUAACAUAGACCUCACAGCUGGGGGAGGCCAGAACGUCACUGGCCUGGAAAUGUACACAUCAUCCAGCAGAGUGUCUUGGAGUACACCCGAGUGCCAGACCCCAGGCCUAGCUGAGCCAUCUGUCCUGGACAAGGAGGCAUUCACCUUGGUAGGGAAGGUCUUACUGAAAAACCAGAGCCAAGUGGUGUUUAGCCACAGGGGCUUCAAGGCCAGACCACCUUUUGGCCCAACAGAAGCCACACUUCCCUCCCCUGCUGUUGUGACCCAGGAGCUCUGGAAUAAAGGAGCUCUGUCCCUUAGCCACGUGGCCCAUGUCAGGAUCUGUAUCACCCAUGUGACAGGCAGUGGUAUCCCGUGCAUCAAGCGGUUGGAAGUGUGGGGUCAGCCAGCUAAGACCUGCUCUCAGGAGGUGAUAGACAGUGUCCUGCUGGUUGCCUCAGAGAGCCUGCCUCAGGACUUGGCUCUGCAGGCCCUGGCCUUACCUAUGGAAAGUGACUGUGACCCUGGGGACCAGUCUGAGGGCCAGCAGGCUCCCUCUGGCCUGCAGGAGCUGGCUGAGGUAAUUCGGGAUGUGCCUGAGGAGUUCCUGGAUCCCAUCACCCUGGAGAUCAUGCCUUGUCCCAUGCUGUUGCCCUCAGGCAAGGUCAUCGACCAGAGCACCUUGGAGAAGUGUAACCGUAGUGAAGCUGCAUGGGGCCGAGUGCCCAGCGACCCUUUCACGGGGGUGGCCUUUACUCCACACUCCCAGCCCUUGCCUCACCCCUCACUGAAGGCCCGGAUCGACCACUUCCUGCUUCAGCACUCCAUCCCUGGCUGCCACCUGCUUGGAAGAGCACAGACUGCUUUGGCAGUGACCCCUUCUUCCAUUGCUCUGCCCUCUCGAAAAAGGAAGAUGGAGCAGGCCGAGCAUGCCCCAGACAGUAGCCUUGAUCUAAAUGCUUCCUGUUUUUCUACCACAAGCCCUCUGGUCUUACCCACUACCUCAGAGCACACCGCUAAGAAAAUGAAAGCCACCAGUGAGCUCAGCCUGAUGCAUAUGGACUGUUCAACAGGUCCAGUGUCCCAUGAGCAGAAGCUGUCACAAAGCUUGGAAGUUGCCUUGACGUCCACCCUUGGCUCCCUGCCCUCCUUCACGGCUCGGCUGACCAGGGGACAGCUCCAGCACCUUGGCACAAGAGGGAGCAGCACUUCCUGGAGGCCUGGCACUGGCUCGGAGCAGCCUGGGAGUGCCCCAGGCCCCAAGUGUGCCUCCUGCAAAAGAGUGUUUUCUUCCUACUUCAAAAAGGAGCCUGUGUACCAGCUGCCCUGUGGCCACCUCCUGUGCCGACCCUGCCUGGGUGAGAAGCAGCGUUCCCUGCCCAUGACAUGCACAGCCUGCCAGCAGCCAGUCGUCAGCCAGGACGUGCUGCGGGUCCACUUCUGAGUGACUGUCCUCCACGGGGAAGACCCAUCGCCGGAAAGAGCUGAGGAAGAGCAGGAGUGGGGCACCCCUGAGGUCUGGCCAGGCCCCAGGCCCAGUGCUGCCCUUCUUUGCCAGGGGGCUUUUCUUUAUCGCCUCACAGUACAGCACAUGCCAAGAGUGAGGGUGGGGGAGGGGCGCUCCACUCAUGCUCAUGUGGCAAUAGGAUAACAAAGCCAUAGGUUGGCUGGGAUGGCAGGGAGAUGUCCCUGUCCUCCUAUGCCUUGCUGUCACUUCCCCUGCUGGGGCUCAGCUCUUGCUGGAGCCAGCCCCGCCCUGGGCACGAGCACCCCUGCUGAGGGCCCCUAUGUGGUCUGCAUACCCCCGUCCAGCUGUGGGUGGAUCACAGUCAGCUGGGGCUCGGAUCUCAGAGACAGCCUCGGCCUUCGGGGUCCUCCAAAGUGGACUGUGGGGUGAGGGGUGUAUGUGGAGUGCAUGACUCGGGCCCCUCACUGGCAGAACACUCUGAGCCUUAAUAAAGUGGUGGUUGAUGUCUGC